AUGCCCAAACGUACAAUAGUUCUAGGUGAAGAUUGCGCUGGGCUAGGGGCCCUUCAUGAGAGUUGCAGGCUAGCAAACAUCAACUCUGAGUACUUCUAUCUUUCAGAAAGUGAUCCCAAGUUAUUCGAGCGAUUGGUCAAGAUCUGCAAGCCAAAGGUAGUGAACCGAAUCACUGUUUGGAAGCCUGACACCUACAUCCUAGAGAACCUCAAGACAUUGAAUUCGAAGCGGAACAGGUAUUGGAUUCCCGCCAGUUUGGUGGAGUCCCACAGCGCCGAAAGC